GUAGCGCUCAGCCUUGGCUGCCGAAGCGCCCAUCCGCCGCCCGCACGGCGGCUCCGCGCCCAGCAGAGCCUCGCGCUCCCCGGCUCUCCUCGGAGCAAUUCCACGGGCAGAGCGAGGCGCUGCCCCGGCCCAAAGCUCGCUCUGACCCUCCCGUCCACCCGUCGCGCACUGCGGGCUGUGGGUGCGGGCUUGGUGCUGCUCCAGGGGGCUGUCCGGCAGCGGUUCCCGUUUCCCCUAAGGCUGCCUCUCAUUAGCAUGAAUCGGGGGAAGGGCGUAAAAGACUCCGCUUCAUUUUGAGGCUGGAAAAAAAAAAAAAAAAAAAAAAAAAAGAAAAAAAAGAAAAACAAAACUUUGACUUCAAAAUGACAACCGAAGCGCUCUGGCUCCUCUGCUUUGUCAUUAGAUCGUCUUGCAGCUCGGCGGCCGGAUCCCUGCCCUGUCCUGAGAAAGCCAGCCAGUCUCUCAGCAAAUAUGGGUGUAACUCAGCAGAUGCUACACCUGGCCAAGCCAAACUGCCAGCCUGGGCCACCUCUAGAGAGGAUCCCACCGAACACCAAUUUCUGUCUCUCACCAACCUGCAGCACCCAAAACCUCCUGAAAUCACCUCCUUCUCUUCAGACAAAAAGAAACGAACCAAGCCUUCUACAGAAAACAGCACAGGGCUGAGGAAACACCUCCAGCAGUAUGGAGGGACCCUGCCUCUGGAACCUGCAAGCGAGGGGCCUUUUCCCACCUCCUUUGACUUGAAUCAGGCAAACAGAAAGCAGGCGGACAGGCGGCUGGCUGAGGCUGCUAACAGUGUGUCUGCUCAUUUCCAGCACACAGCAACUUCCUAUCAUAAGAUCACAUCCUUACUGGGGACUCAUCCUUUUCUAGACUCUGGAACAGCAGAGUCAGCUGAUCCUAACGUGCUGGAUCAUUUCAACCGACCAGGCAAGAUAAACCCCUACAAAAGCACUGAACUGUGGAAAAUGAUCAGCAAACCCUCCUGGGUCACCAACCGCCAGCCACCCAGCUUGCCAGACCAUUUCAGCAUGCUGAAGAAAGGUGCUGAUAUGGAGAAGGCAUGUCUGACUGAGUGCAGGAAAGAGAGAGAUGAAGUGGAGGCCUAUUGCACAAGUGAAUUUGCAGUGAAUGGAAUUGUUUAUAACAUGGAAAGACUGGGGAGUGGAGUCCACUUGAUUACACUUUUGGUAAAUAGUGAUGGACUGUACAAGAUGAGUCGCCUGUAUAUUACUCCUGAUGGCUUCUUCUUCCGAGUUCACAUUCUAGUUGUGGAUUCUUUCAACUGCAACAAACCAUGUCCAGACUUCAAACUUGGCAGCAGAUACAUUGUGAUGGGUCAGAUCUACCAGAAGAGAAGACAGAUCCCUGCAAACCUAGUGCAAUUCCUGCGUGGGCACCUGAGGCCAGGGGAUGGCUUGCUUGCAAGCAGCAGCAACUAUGUGAAGAGAUUCAACAGAAAAAGGAACCGCAAAGUGCAAGGGGCUCGCAUUAAAUGUAGAUAAGGCUUCAGUAAGCUCCUCCUGUAAUGCAGGCAGCAGUAGAAUUCACCUACCAGAAUACAUAUAAUGAAUGAGCAACAGUGGGAGGUAGUUCUAGUGAUGCCUGAAACUGAUUGUGAUAACACUCGCAUUUGUGCUGUAGCAAACACUCGCUGAAUGUUCUGACUAGCUACCUGUAACAGAGCACAAAAGUCCAUCUACAGUAACUGGUCAUAAACGUGCUCUAGCUGUUUUCAGAGCCACAGGCUAUUGCCUCCUCUGCUAUAACGUACCACUAAUAAUCUGUAGUGAUUGUAAAGUGAAAUUCUGAAGACAUGGUUCUUAGGUACACAAGAAGUAACCGUAUUUCCAACCCCUUCACCUCAAACAAACCUUAGAGGAUGUCAAAUCUAUAGAGAAUGUCAGUUGUGUUUUCACUCAGCUCUAAGUAUUAUAUACAUUUAAUGCAAAAGAAACCAACAAAACUAAGUAUCUUUCAUAUUAUGUUGGUCUCCUCAAAUACACUUCUUUAGACAGAAUUGAGUUUUCAUAUAAAGCUUAUAAAGUAGUGUAUUCAUAUUCUUGAAUAAUUAACAACUAACUGAAAGCAAAUCAAGUAACUACACAACACAAAUGCCCAAUUAGGCUUACAAAUUAUGGCAGAAGUUCAUGCCAAGGAAUGCAAAAUGAGUGUGCAAUUGCAAGCACAUUUUGUAUGCCUGGCUACCUUGUCAGUUCCUUAAAAGUUCAGCUUUAGAACUCUGUUCUGAAUGUUAUCUUCCCAUGAGAAUUAUCAAAUUUGCACUUGCACAUCAGAAGAGUUAUUCUGAAUCAAAGACAACCUUUUAGUACCAUUAAGUGGUGGAGAUUUAAGAAUUUAAUUAUAUAAACAUUCUGCAAAGGGGAUCUCUUAACCUUUACUGCUCCAACAGUCAGUAUUCACAAAUUCUAAGUCUUUACAAUAAAUUAAUAAAGUGUUCACAGGGUUCUCAGUUCACUGUUUUUCUGUGUUUCAAAAGAUCAAGAAAGAUUAUGUAAAGAGUAUUAAAUGGGAGCAUCUCCUUGCUGGAAGGAUCACCUGCUGAUUUUAAGACACAGUUCAAGUCUGCCUACUUCAUACAAUGGAGUAGAAAAAUAUCUGCUAAUUACUAUUAUUAGUAAGACAAAAGUAAAUAAGCCACUAGAAUCUUAAUGGCAACAAAAGGUUUAAUUUUUUUUUUCUUUUUAGCAAUUCUACCUCAGAUAAACCUGCAGCUUGGUUUAGAGUCACUGAGAAGCUACGGAGCAGAGGAUGUGGGAAAAGUUGCAUGUAUGAGAUACUUCUUGAUCUGGAAUAGGAGACAAAAUGUCAUAGUGAACAUCCUACAUUUUAGGACCUAAACUGUUACCAUAGAACAUAAACUCACCAGUAGUUCGUGUUCAUCUAAAAUAUACCAUCUCACUUCUGCAGUGUGAAAGAGGUCAUAUAGAGCAUAGCUACAUAGGUGGAAUUUUCCCAAGACUUAAUUAAGAGGGCUCCUGAUCUGGCAAAACCAUUCCUGGCAAUGAUUCUAAGGGUGGGGCAGGGGAAGGAAGGAGGAAGGGUUACAUGUGCAUCUCAAGUUUCUUUGUUUCUAUUUUCAAAUGCAGUGCAGGGACUAAUGAGCAAGUCCCAGAUCAAUCAUCUGCCCAGAAUAGCAACUGUGCACCCAUCCCCACCUCCAAGACAUCAUCGUAAUCUAAAGCAGGCAAAGCACGGGUGCAAAACUACAACCAAAAUGGGAUAUGGCCAUAGAUGUUAUCUCAGAAGAGAUAACAAUAUACCAGUGCCAAUGACAUCCAAAUCCAAAGUAAAAGGCCAGCAACCAACACAGCCUCUGCUGCUACCUCAGGUACAAGUGUUGCUCUAGAAGCGAACCUGAAGAGCAGUGUAUUCUGUUCCCCCUGUUUGCAUUACAUCUUCUCUUCCCUCUCCUUCUUGGAAGGCAUUCCUUAAAAUAUUAUCACAACAGCCAAGCAACAAACCACUGCAUUUCACAGCCCAACUGAAAUACAGCUGGAGGGAAGCGUAACUACUGUUUCCUCUUCUUACCAGACCUAUCACAUGCUACAGCAUUGAAGAAAAACAUUCUGAGUCAUGUGGAAUUCCAAAAUGUAGCACUUACCAUUAAAAAACCUGCAGCAUUAACCACACUGAAAAGAAGAUGUUACUUAGAUGCAAUAGUUGCUAUGCUAAGUUAAGUAUCCCACAGAAAAUCAUUUUGUUUCCCCCCCCCCAAGAACACACAUGAACAUUCUGCAGCCAAUACACAGAAAUCCAGGUGUAGAGCAGUGCUGUCUUCCAGCCCUCCUAGGAGGCUAUUCAUGGCUUUUGGGUAAGCUCGACUUUUUAACCAACUUUAAAUCCACG